AUGGCGCCAAACAACACGAUCCAAGACGAGGUCCAGAACUGGUCCCUCUCAGAGCCCGAAGAGUUCUGGGACGUCCACGGCAAGCAGCUGCACUGGCACAAGCCCUACUCGAAGGUCUUCAGCACACAAACCAAGAAGCUCAAAGAUGGCACAGAACACCCUCACUGGUCGUGGUAUCCCGAUGGCGAGAUCUCGACGAGCUAUAAUUGCCUGCACCGACACGUCAAUGCUGGGCGGGGUGAGAAUAUUGCUAUGAUAUGGGACAGUCCUGUGGCGAAGCAGAAGCAAAAGUUCACAUACAAGCAGAUGCUGGAAGAGGUGGAAACGUUGGCCGGCGUGCUGAGGGAAGAGGGCGUGAAGAAGGGUGAUAUGGUGCUCAUCUACAUGCCUAUGAUACCUGCGGCAAUAUUUGGGAUGCUGGCGACGGUGCAUCUGGGUGCGAUGCAUUCGGUUGUGUUUGGCGGGUUUGCGGCGGCGAGUCUGGCGCAGAGGAUUGAUGGCGCGAAGCCGAAAGUCAUCCUUACCGCGAGUUGUGCGAUCGAGGGCGCGAAGGGCGUGCUUGACUACAGGCCGUUCGUGGAGGGUGCGAUUGAGAAGAGCAGUCAUAAGCCUGAGAAGACCAUCAUAUGGCAGAGGGACGAGAAGAGGUGGGAUCCGGUGCACAAAGAGGAUGGGCAGAGGAAUUGGCAGCGGCUGGUAAAAUCGGCAAAGUUGAGAGGGCUGCGAGCGAGUCCAGUCCCAGUUAAGAGCACGGAUGGUAUUUACGUGAUCUACACAUCAGGCACCACAGGUCUGCCGAAGGGCGUUUUCCGGGAGGCUGGUGGCCAUGCAGCGCAGCUCAAUCUUGCGGUCAAGUAUCUCUUCGACGUCAAAGGACCUGGCGAUGUCAUGUUCACUGGCUCAGAUAUUGGUUGGGUCGUCGGACACUGCUUCAUCGUCUAUGCCCCGCUCAUGGCUGGUGCAACAACGAUUCUGUUUGAGGGCAAGCCAGUCGGCACGCCGGAUGCCGGUCAGGUGUUCCGGAUGAUCGAAGAGCACAAGGUCACAACAUUCUUCACGGCACCUACAGCGCUGCGUGCCAUCAGGAAAGAGGACCCCGAGCUGAAGAUGGUCAAGGAGAUCGGCGAACGUGGAGGGCUGAAGCAGCUGCGAGCAUUGUUUCUUGCCGGCGAGCGAUCCGAGCCCGCGAUUGUCACACGCUUCCAAGAAAUCGUCGAGAAGUACGCCGCGCCCGACACCCAAGUCAUCGACCACUGGUGGUCAUCCGAAUCCGGCUCGCCGAUGACUGGCCUCGCUCUCCGUCCAGACAUCGGCAAAAACCCCAACUCCACAACAGCACCAAAAGCACUGAAGAUCAAGCCCGGCUCAGCUGGCAAGCCACAACCGGGAUUCGACGUGCGGAUCGUGGACGACGACGGCAAAGAAGUCGAGCAAGGCGGCAUGGGCAACAUCGUCUUGAAGCUGCCUUUCGGCCCGGCUGGACUGACAACGCUCUUCAACGACGACAGCCGGUUCUACAAAGGCUACCUCAAACGCUUCGACGGGAAAUGGAUGGAUACAGGCGACGCAGGCAUGAUCGAUAAUGAUGGCUACGUCCAUGUCAUGUCUCGGUCAGACGACAUCAUCAACGUCGCAGCACAUCGCUUCAGCACCGGUGCGAUCGAGCAAGCUAUCACGGCGCACGAGGGCGUUGGCGAGGCGGCUGGCCACCUCCCCUUCGCGUUCGUGCAGCCCUCCUCAGCGCCAAAGGGAGGCGAGCAGCUAAGCGCCGUGCCGGAUUCGAAGCUGUUCAAAGAGAUCAACGACCUUGUGCGGAGCAACAUCGGGAAUAUUGCAACACUAGGCGGGAUCGUCAUGGGUCGGGGAAUGAUCCCGAAAACGCGCUCGGGCAAGACUCUGCGGCGGGUGUUGCGGGAGCUGGUGGAGAACGGCGUCGAGGGGAAAUACGACAAGGAGGUCAAUGUUCCGCCGACGGUCGAGGACCGGGCGGUGGUGGAUGUGGCGAGGGAUAGGGUGAAGGAGUAUUUUGAGAAGAAGGGCGAGGAUGGGAUCAAGGCGAAACUGUAA